AUGUAUUUGACAGCCGAUUCAGCUUUAUCUUUACUAUAAGAGAAAAGAAAUAAAUUCCAUGUUGAAAUUCGUCGAAAACGAACUGAAAACACAUUUUAAUAGAAACGCGCAAUUUUUGUUCAAAAUAAGGUUUGGAUGUUGUGAAUGAUUUCAAGGACCUUGAAUUGUUAGCAUAGUAUGCACUAGAGUUUUACAAUCGAGGAGACAUCUAAGAAUCUGAGAAUUACUUAAUAAGAAUAAAUGAAUAUGCUUAGUCAUAAUAUAGUGCCAAUCUUAAAUCAAUUAACACUAUUACAUUUCUAGGUGAGAUUGCAACGAGUUGUGAUUAACAUAUUUUAGCUAUAGUUCUAAAUAUCUAUUAAAAGAUAUACUUACCAGAAUGUUUAAAUCCAUAUUUGUUAUCUUAAGUUUAGAGAUUUGAAAAUAGUGAUUUAGUUUAAUAAUUUGUAGUGCUCUUAUAUAAAAUAGCAUAAAACAAUCUAGUAAAUCACUUGAUAGAAUAAUGUGAUUUUGUUUCUUAUUUGGUAGAAAUCUCACUCUUAUUAGAUAAUUUUGAAUAAUGGUUCCAAAUAGUUGAACUACUUGGAACUUAUAUAAAUUAACCAUCGUAAUAUGUAAUGAUUUAUUAAAAUGAUUAGUUUAAAAAGUUAGUGAUGACAUGCAUUAAAUUUAUUGAAUAGGACAGAGAACUAUCAACAUUUUAAAUUAUCUUAGCUAUGAUUUCAUGUGAAAAAGAUAAUAAGAAUUCUAUUAAUUAUUUACUUACAAAUGAUAAAUUCAUAAAUUUAAUAUUGGAUUAAUUGGAGAAGAAAAAUUUGACUGCAAUUUCAAUAAUUACUAAAAUAGUUGAAGAAUCAGAUGAAGGAACGAUAUUAUUCUUAUAACAUUAAUUGUUAAAGAUAUUGAGUAAUUUAUUUUUUGAGAUGAGAGAAAAUCAAACUGCUUUUACUUAUAUAACAGCUAAUAUUUGUUUUCUUAAAAAUGAUUAUGUAAUAACUGAAAUUGUUACAUCUGAAAUUUUUAAUACUAUUUUAGCACUAGAUGAAUAAGAACUUGAAAAAAAUGAUUUCAUUUACAUUAGUUAAAUGUUAAAAUAAUUAGUUAGAAAAUAUUCUAAUGAAAGAUUGUAUCAUUAUCUCUUAACUAAAACAGAUUAUGUUUAUAUGUUAGGACAUUUGAUGAAAUAGUAUGAAUUGGUAGAAGUAAUGUAGAAUACCAUUUCAUGUAUUUUACAUAUGGCUAAUUCUUAAUCUGAUGAAUUAACUAAAUUAUUUAGAUAUGUAAAUAUUAUAAUAAAUUUAUAGAAAAUUAGUGGUAAACCUAUUGAAUAUGUACUUACUAAUAUUUAAUACAUAUUUUAGGAUAUUAAUAUAAUAGAGAAAGUUUAUGAUUUCUUAAAUAUUAAAAAUGAUUGA